AUGGUGGAAAUAACAAGAGAACUAGAAGUGGAACUUGAAGAUGGGACUAAUUUGCUGCAAUCUCAUGAUCAAAGUCUUAUUUGUACCAGGACUCAGACCAACUCAACAGGUUGUCAGUACAAGUACUGGAAUGCCUCUGGCCGAGACACAACUCCACCCACCAGCAGGCCUGUUGCCCUGAAACCCCCUGAGUGCACAGCCACCCCAGGACCUGGCCCUGUCCAGCAGAGGGCCCAGGACCUGGCUCCAUACACCAGCUCUAGCCACGGGAUUUCCAGGGCCCUGCAGCCAGAGAUCGGGGACCUGACUCAGCCCACCAAUAUAGUCAUUGACCUCGGGCGGCAGCGGCAGGAGAGGCGGCAGUGGUGGGAAGUGGCUGGAGCAGGGGGCAUUGUCAUCUCACCCUUCAGCCUGCAGGAGCUCAUCAAGCACCUGGCCUCGCUACAGCAGAACAAGGUGCUCAAGGUCCAGCUGGAGACCUACAAACUCAAGUGCAAGGCACUGCAGGAGGAGAAGCGCGGCUUGCGCAAAGCCAGUGUGACCAUCCAAGCCCAGGCUGAAUGGAAAGAAGAAUUCAUCAGUAACACAUUAUUCAAGAAAAUUCAGCCUUUGCAGAAGGAGAAAGAAACCCUUGCUAUAAAUUACGAGAAGGAAGAAGAGUUCCUCACUAAUGAGCUCUCCAGAAAAUUGAUGCAGUUGCAGCAUGAGAAAGCCAAACUAGAACAGCAUAUGGAGCAGGAAUUCCAGGUCAGCAAACUGAUGAAGAAAACUAAAAAACUGGAGAACGAUACCAUUUCUAAGCAGCUUACAUUAGAACAGUUGAGACAAGAGAAGAUUGACCUCGAAAGUACUUUGGAACAGGAACAAGAAGCACGAGUGAAUCGUUUCUGGACAAGGAUGGAACUUGAAGCUGAAAAGCGAAUCCUGCAGGAGAAAUUAGACCAGCCGGUGUCUGCUCCCCCAUUGCCUAGAGACAUCUCCGUGUAGAUCGACCCUCCAGAAAACGUGAUGCGACACAUCAGGUCUUUAAAGAAUGAACUGGAGAAGCUGAAGAAGCAACUGAGUGCUGCCCAGUUACAGCAUUCCGAGAUAAUGGCGCAGUAUUUGGAGGAGGAACUUCACAUGAGGGAAGAGGACCAGAGGAAGCUGCAGAGGGAGAUGGAGAGGAGAGAGGCCCUCUGUCGACAGCUCUCAGAGAGUGAGUCCAGCUUAGAGAUGGAUGCUGAAAGGUAUUUUAAGGAGCUGUCUGCACAAGGAUUAAGACCUCACAUUGUGUGCAGCCCGAUCCCUUACACACCUUCUCCCAGUUCAAGCCGGCCGAUAUCACCCAGUCUCUCGUAUGCAAGUAACACACUUGGUUUCAUGCCACCAACUUCACUGACUAGAGCUGGAAUGUCUUAUUACAAUUCCCCAGGUCUUCAUGUGCAGCAUAUGGGAGCAUUCCAUGGUAUCACAAGGCCUUCACCGCAGAGAAGAAGUCCUGAUCAAUUCAAAUGGCCCACGCUACCUCCGUCUCACAACACACAGACCCCUGUCCAGCCACUGCCACCUCCAUCUCCACCACCCAUGCAGCCCGCAGUCCCCUCAGCAGGCACCUUGCAGCCUGCCCCCUCUCAACAGUCGGUUCACCCCUCCUCCCAGCCUUAAUGCAUGUGCUUAGUCCGAACCUCAUGUCGGCACACGUUCUUGUACAGUGGAGCCGAGCUGUCGACUCAACGCCAAAGGCUUCCUUCCCUGGAAUAUGAAUGUGACUUAUUUGCACUGAGGUUAUCUAGGCUUCACUAUUCAUUAUGUUGCAAAUGUGUGUCGGAAACGCAGCCAGUGUUGUGGAUCUACAACUCUACACGGACGACUUUUUCCUUCGGUGUUUUACUUGAAUCUACAUGUGUGCACAUUCCCUGGCUGGGACGUUGGCUGUUCGACUGUUUGGUAGUUCAGCAGCAGUGUGCAAUUUUCACCUGGCCCCAGAGCUUCGUUUUCCUGGCUUUUAGGUUGGAAAAUAAAAAGGUAUAUCUUUUUAUUUUUUUCCAUGAAUUUGCAGAAAAUUACUGAGCUGUUAUUACCCCUCCCCUCCCAUUAUAAUGGUGUUUACCAAGCAUACCAAUAAUUCAGCACUACAAUUCAGAACUUUGAAAAUCUAGCACUCAGUAUAAAAUGGGAAGUUAGAGGGAUCAGUACCAAAGACAAUGCUCAAUAGAGCUUUCUACAGAUACACUUUGUAUGGGUUAUUUUCAGUAUAUCCCAACAUCCAUGUCUCUUGUAAAACAGAUCACCUAAAGUACUGGAUCACAUGGCUAUAUCUUUUCCACAUGCAUGGGAUUGAUAAUUAUUGUAUAUCCAGGUGUGAUUUUUUCUUUAUCCUUGAUGUUAGCCUCCUCAAACUGGACCCCUCUCACGUGAGUCGAUAACUGUUGUCCUACCCACCAGUGGUUGUUAUGACUGAUUAGAAGGUGCUGUGUGAUUUCUGCCGCAGAGGACAGUGUGAUUGUAACAAAAACAGCUAUUUCCCCUUUCCAUUCUUUACUUGUGUUUCCCUAAAACAGAGUUCAAACAAAUAUUUUAAAGGUACAAAAUACUAUUAGAAAAUACUAUUUGAAAUAAACAUUAUAGGAAUAUCUUAGCAUAACGGCCACAAAAUACUUUAUUGCUGAGGACUUUAUUGCUGAGCACAAUAUCACUGAGGACUGCUUAUUUUGCCCAGUAAAAUUGAGUGCAGUGUACAGAGAAGUAUAUCUUGAAUGCAUUAUUUCUGUUCAUUUAGCACAAAUAAAUUGUUUGGUUUCACUUUAAAGUAGAAAAAUGAGUUAGAAGAUAUACAGAAAAA